GAAGCAGCAGCGGCGGUGGUGUAGGCGGCUGCGGUGGCCAGGAUGAGCACUGGUGACACUGUGUGCAUGGGCUGGCUCGUCAAGUCGCCUCCUGAGAGGAAACUGCAGCGCUAUGCUUGGCGCAAGCGCUGGUUUGUCCUCAGGCGGGGCCGCAUGAGUGGCAAUCCUGAUGUCUUAGAAUACUACCGCAACAAGCACUCCAGCAAGCCCAUCCGUGUGAUAGACCUCAGCGAAUGCACUGUGUGGAAACAUGCAGGCCCUGGUUUCAUUAGGAAGGAAUUUCAGAACAAUUUUGUGUUUAUUGUCAAGACCACUUCCCGUACAUUCUACCUAGUAGCCAAGACUGAGGAAGAAAUGCAGGUGUGGCUACACAGCAUCAGUCAAGUUUGCAAUUUCAGUCAUCUGGAAGAUGGUGCAGAUUCCAUGGAGAGUCUCUCUCACGUGCCCUCCUCCUUCCAGCCAUCUCCUGUCAGUUCACUUCAUACUGUCCACGUUACCAACUCUGCCUUGCUAAAAGAUGACAUAAACACUAAUAGUGUAGUCACCGAGGAAACCAGAAGUGAGUCAGAGUUUCUAUUCCUUCCUGAUUAUCUCAUCCUGUCCAACUGUGAGACUGGAAGACUACACCAUGCCAGUCUUCCCACCAGAUGUGAUAGCUGGUCAAAUUCAAACCGCUCAUUGGCACAGACUUCAUUUGAUGAUGUUUUUCUUGAUGGUCUACAGCCAUUUAUCUCUAAUAAUUUGGUCCAUCCCUUGCACCAUGGGAAAGUAUCUCAGGAUUUUCCUUCCAUAAGGCCCCAGACUUCUUUAAUCUGGAAUAGAGAAAUCAAUGGCCCAUCCAUGAACCUCAUGUCUUCUUCACCAUUGUUGGAAUCUUCCUUAAACCCCACAGUUCAUGUAGAAGAAAAGCAAGUUUCCUUACCCAGUGGGGUAAAAGAACUAAACAUUAUGUCUAACACUCCACCUCCUCGUCCCCCUAAGCCAAGUUAUCUCUCUGAACGGCGCCAAGAUCAGCCCUUGUUGACUGGACACAGCAGUAACAAGAAGCCAGGGUAUAAUAUGAUACCAAGAAGAAUCUCUCUCUCUGGGUUAGAUCAUGUGGCGUCCUGGAAAGGUGAUGUACAAAGCCAAUCCUUAAGACACCGAGAUAAGCGGCUCAGUUUAAAUCUGCCAUGUAAGUUUUCACCGAUAUAUCCCACAGCUUCACCCAAUGCUGAAGACAGCUAUGUGCCCAUGAGCCCCAAAGACACCGCUUCUGAACUUAGACCCCAUUACAGCCAGGAUGACUACAUUCCAAUGAGCUCAAGCAUGCUGCCUGAGUUACCUGCAGACUUGGAGCCACCCCCAGUGCACAGAAAUCUUAAGCCCCAGAGAAAAUCGCAGCCACCUCCCUUGGACCCAAGAAACCUUUCCACCAUCCAGGAACACACAUCUCUAACCAGGACUUACACCGUGCCUUGCAAUCGAACCAGUUUUCUCUCUCCACAAAGAAAUGGUAUUAAUUGUGCAAGACUUUUUUCCACUCCUUCUGAAGAAGAAGAAGAAGAAGAAGAAGAAGAAGAAGAAGAAGAAGAAGAAGAAGAAGAAGAAGAAGAAGAAGAA